GUUUUGGAAUUUAUCAGGAUGAGGGUGGCCUCGGGGAUGUGUGGUGAGUGUGCGUGCUGCAUGCAAGCCCCUGAGUCCCAGGCUCUGGGAACUGUCCCCACUGUCCCCUGCCACGUGGCCCAACCUCCCAUACCUGGGGUUAGGAGGUCCAAAGUGAAGCAGCUUCCUGUGUUUACCCUUUUGCCUUUGAAGAGACCUCGAGCAAGCGAGCAGCAGCCCUGGCGAGCCGAGGAGCCUGCCCCAGGACCCUGGGGGAAGCAGCUCCCCUCCCUGACGGGGAUGCUGGAGCCCAGCCCCUCGCCGCCUCUGCAGGCAGCGGUGGUGGGAGCCGGGACUGAAGAGGUUAAUGUGCAUCUGCCUCCGAAUGUUAAUGUGUCUAGGUGAUGUCAGUGGGAGCCGCGAGGGAGUGCGAGAGCAUUGGGCUGGGAGGCGGCAGAGGCUAUCGGGCUUCCGAGGAGGAAGACCCCCCAUCCUGGCCUGCGGGGCUCGAGCUCCAGGACCAGGCGGCCAAGGGCGCUGGUGGCUGCCGCAGCCUGCGUGGGUGGACGGGAGCUCAACUCUGGGGGCGCAGGCGACUCACUGUGACUGCAUGGACCUGCAAUCCGCGCUGCUGCCCACUGGCCCCAAUGCCAGCAACAGCAACACCUCCGAUGGCUCAGACAACCUCACCUCUCCCGGAAUGGAGCCUACAGCCCUCACACGAACCACAUCCCCAGUCCCUUUUAUUUUUAUUUUGAGACAGAGUCUCCCUAAGUCACUAAGUUAUCCAGGCUGGGUUUGCACUUGCAAUUCUCCUGCCUCAACCUCCUGGAGUACUGGGAUUACAGGGUCUCCUCCGCGCACAGGAAGUGUCUCCUACAUCAACAUCAUCAUGCCUUCCGUGUUCGGCACCAUCUGCCUCCUGGGCAUCGUGGGGAACUCCACGGUCAUCUUCGCGGUCGUGAAGAAGUCCAAGCUGCACUGGUGCAGCAACGUCCCUGACAUCUUCAUCAUCAACCUGUCUGUGGUGGACCUGCUCUUCCUCCUGGGCAUGCCCUUCAUGAUCCACCAGCUCAUGGGCAAUGGGGUCUGGCACUUUGGGGAGACCAUGUGCACCCUCAUCACAGCCAUGGACGCCAACAGUCAGUUCACCAGCACCUACAUCCUCACCGCCAUGGCCAUUGACCGUUACCUGGCCACUGUCCAUCCCAUCUCUUCCACCAAGUUCCGGAAGCCUUCGGUGGCCACCCUGGUGAUUGGCCUCCUGUGGGCCCUCUCCUUCAUCAGCAUCACCCCUGUGUGGCUCUAUGCCAGGCUCAUCCCCUUCCCGGGGGGCACUGUGGGCUGUGGCAUCCGCCUACCCAAUCCAGACACUGACCUCUACUGGUUCACCCUCUACCAGUUUUUCCUGGCCUUUGCCCUGCCCUUCGUGGUCAUCACUGCUGCCUAUGUGAGGAUCCUACAGCGGAUGACGACGUCAGUGGCUCCUGCCUCCCAGCGCAGCAUCCGGCUGCGGACAAAGCGGGUGACCCGCACGGCCAUCGCUAUCUGCUUGGUCUUCUUUGUGUGCUGGGCGCCCUAUUAUGUGCUGCAACUGACCCAGCUGUCCAUCAGCCGCCCGACCCUCACGUUUGUCUACCUGUACAAUGCGGCCAUCAGCUUGGGCUAUGCCAACAGCUGCCUCAACCCUUUCGUGUACAUCGUGCUAUGUGAGACCUUUCGCAAACGCCUGGUCCUGUCUGUGAAGCCCGCAGCCCAGGGGCAGCUUCGUACCGUCAGCAAUGCUGCAACGGCUGACGAGGAGCGGACAGAAAGCAAAGGCACCUGACCCCACCCCCUGUCACCCAGACAUCUGCGAGUCCGGUCACCACAGAGAGUCAUGGGGACAGAUGCUGAGAAGGAGCCAGGACUACCCUGGGGGAAGGCAGGGAGGCUGGGGGCGAGGGGUUGUGGCAACUGCCUAUUCCAUGGGCUCCACGGACAGCUGGGGGAGCCUGGGAGCCAGGGUAGUGGGCUUCAGACAUCAGAAAUCCACUCGGGGGGGCAGCAAGAUGCUUUGGUGGAACAAAAGCUGAGUGAAGAAAAUGUUGGUUGAAUGGCC